AUGUUAACUCUUGUUGUGUUCUUGCUUUGCACAGCAUCCUGUUUAUCAGCUUCUACUAAAGGUGGUGGUGCUGGACCCCGGCUGAAUAAUGACCAGCUGUAUAAAUUCAGCUACACCACUGAGGUGUUGGUAGACAGGGCCAGGGGGUCAAAAGAGGGCAGCACUGGCUAUAGGAUUUCAAGUGAUGUGGAUGUCAACCUAGUUUGGAGAGAUCCGAGUAACAAGGAUGACCAGCUGAUUCGUCUGGCGAUCUCAAAUGUGAGGAUCGACCCUGUGGCGCAUCGGCCCGAGAAGAAGAACAUCCUUCAUGGCUCAACAGCAGAGAGCAUCAUGGGGAAGAGCAAACUAUCAGCUAUGACGAAGCCUUUCUUGGUGCAUCUGAAAAAUGGAAAGGCGAAAGCGUUUUACUCCUAUUGGGCAGAGCCUGCAAUCAUCAAGAACUUGAAAAGAGGGGUGGCCAGUUUACUCCAAGUGCAGCCCAAUACUGGGAAGGUUGUAGAGAAUGACGUGUCUGGAAGGUGCACAAUUGAGUACAAAGGAGUAAAGGGGCAGGUGACACGAACCAAGCUCCUGGACACUUGUAAGACUGCAGAGACCGGCUUCACCACACACAGUCAGGUCUUGGGUGUCAGCAAGAAGGCUAGUUCUGUUACAGUAUUCACACUUGAGGAUGGUUUCAUCAAGUCAGCUGUGGCUGAGGAGACACACACACUCAGUGUCAAUGCCCGGAGGUCCACUGCAGCUAAAGUUGUGUCCAGGCAAACCUUCACGCUAGUGGGGAAAGAGGCAGGACCAGCGGAGGCUGCUGGGAAAGAUGUUGCUGGGGUCGUCAAGUCCCUUGAUGCAAAACUGGCAGCUGUUGGCAUCAUGGCUGAGAAAGUCAAGUAUCAGUGCAAAGGGUGUCCAUCACUUUUUGAACACUGGCAGGCUCAGGAGAAGCAGUUGGAGCCGGCCAACCUCUCCAAGGUCACAGCUCCUCGCAGCUUCCUGGCUCUCAUCCAGAGCUUGAGGAAGGCUUCCAAGGACGAGGUCCUCAAAGUGCUGAAGAGUGCCAGCAAGACUGCCCUACCUCAGGUGGUGGAUGCGGUCACCUCCUCGCAGACCGCCGCGUCCCUUGAUGCCAUGCUGGAAUUCCUCAACUUCACCGAUGCCAAAGGCUUGGUUCUGCAGGAGAGGUUCCUCUAUGCUUGUGGCUUUGCCUCCCAUCCCACAGAGCAGAUGCUGAAAUCUCUGCUGGACAUUUCCAAAGGGAAAAUCGGCAGCACUGAUAUCAAAGAGUCAGUGGUGAUUAUCAUGGGAGCCCUGGUCCACAAGCUCUGUCAGAAAGGAGGGUGCGAUUUACCGACAGUGGUCCAGGUGAAGAAAAUGAUCUUAGAAGGUCCUGACAGCACACAGGUUGAAGCCGACGUUCAGAUGUACCUUCUGGCUUUGAAGAACUCUUUGCUCCCUGAGGCCAUCCCGAUCCUCACAAAAUAUGCCGAGUCAGAGGUGGGAGCAUACUGCACUAUCGCCCUCACGGCCUUGCAGAGAUACGACAUCGGCCUCAUUACAGAUGAGGUAAAACACACAGUGAACAGAGUUUACCACCAGAAUCGCCGGAUCUAUGAGAAAAACGUGAGGGCAGCUGCUGCUGAUGUCAUUCUUAGUAGCAACCCCUCGUACAUGGAAGUCAAGAAUGUGCUGCUGUCCAUUGGAAGCCUGCCCCAUGAAAUGAACAAAUACAUGCUUUCUAAGAUCCAGGACAUCCUCCAUUUCGAGAUGCCUGCCAGCAAAGUUGUGCGAAAAGCUAUGAAGGACAUGAUUUCCCAUAAUUAUGACCGUUUUUCAAAAGUUGGAUCAUCAUCUGCAUACUCAGGCUUCAUGGCACAAUCUGCUGAUGUUACAUCCACAUACAGCCUGGACAUCCUGUAUUCUGGCUCUGGGAUCCUGAGGAGAAGCAACAUGAAUAUUUUUGGUGCUAGUAAAGGAGCUGUGCUACAUGGUCUGCAGGUGGCAAUUGAGGCCCAGGGCCUGGAGUCCCUGAUUGCUGCCACACCUGACGAAGGAGAGGAAGACUUGGAGUCCUUUGCUGGCAUGUCGGCUCUGCUGUUCGAUGUCCAACUGCGGCCUGUCACGUUCUUUAAGGGUUACAGUGACCUCAUGUCCAAAAUGUUCUCUAUGUCCGGGGAGCCCAUGAAUGUAGUAAAGGGUCUCAUCUUGCUGACUGAUCAUUCUGAGGUCAUCCAGCUCCAGUCUGGUCUGAAGGCGAGUGCAGAGUUCCAGGGAGGGUUGGCCAUUGAUAUCUCUGGAGGCAUGGAGAUCAGUCUGUGGUACAGGGAGUCCAAGACCAGCGUCAACAACAGGGGUGCGUUAGUGGUCACUGGCAACGUGACCAUUGACAUGGACUUUGUUAGAGCCGGGAUGGAGGUCAGCUUCGAAACAGAGGCUUCGCUGGACUUCAUCACCACUGUCCAGUUCUCAGAGUAUCCUUUCCUGGUUUGCAUGCAGAUGGACAAAGCUACCUUUCCCUUCAGUGAAUACCUGACCACGUAUGAGAGCCUGCCGUCUGGGAAGAGUGUUGUGUCACGCAAAGGCAGGAAGCAGCUCGUGCCCGGCUCCGAGUUCCCUCUCCACCAAGAGAAUUCGAACAUGUGCAAGAGGGUUUUUGACUCCAGUUGGUAGGGGAGAUUCGAUGAACUAUCCAAGAAGCAGUCUUCAUUCUCAUGGGCAUGUUUUUAACCCUUCUCACUGUGGUCACUCAAAGAAGAUUUAUUGCGUUCAGGGACACCUAUCUCACCUCAGCCUCAAGCAGUGUCCAAGCAUAAUGAGGGAAAGUGGGUUUUUUUUAACAACACAUGUAAUGUUUACAUUCCUCUGGGUAUUUAAGUCAUUUUAAUUUGACAUUUUGUUUGAAAUCUGGGACCUAUUGCAUUGUCUUUUUAUGGAUUUCUUUGAAAAUGUAUUUAUAAUGGGUACAUAUGUAUGCUUUAUUUGAUACAUGGUACUCAGCGUGAAUAGAACCACUGUGAUUUUCCCCAACAGAUAGAGUAUGUAAAUAUGACGCUUGAAACAUUGGAUUAGCUUUCCCCGUGAAUAGAAAUACUCCUGUCAUCA